GUUCUAUUCAACAUGGCGAAUUGUUUGCAUUUUACUUCGUAACGCUCCACUAUGGCUGAUAAAAGACAACAAAGUUUAUCGAAAGAAGAAAUAGCGAAGCAGUUUAUGCUGCCCGAAAGAAAGAGUAAGAUUGCAACAUUAUUGAAACAAGAUGGUCAAGCGUAUUGUAUCUGUAGAAGCUCGGACAGUUCUCGUUUUAUGAUAGGAUGUGACGCAUGUGAAGAGUGGUAUCAUGGUGAUUGCAUAAAUAUAACUGAAAAGGAUGCAAAACAUAUUAAACAAUUUUUCUGUGUUCGUUGUAGAGAAGAAGAUCCAACUUUGAUAACACGAUACAAACCACGUAGAACCGAUCAAGAUGACAGAAAGCAUAAAAAGUACAAGGAAAAGGAAAGAGCACAUCGAUAUGAGUACGAUGCGCCUUGGGAUCCUAGAGUAGAAAAAAAACCCUCCAAACGUUGCGGGGAAUGCACAGGAUGUUUACGUAUUGAAAAUUGCGGGAAAUGUGACGCUUGCAGACAUUUAAAAAAACAUGGACCUUCGGUGCGAUUAAAGCUCAGAUGUAUUCAGCGAACCUGCCGUGUAGUGGGAGAUCCACUAAAACCUUCUAAAAGCUUCAACAAAGGAACGAAAUUAACCAAGAAGCGGAAGAGAGAUUCGAGUAACGAAAGAAACGAAUACUUGGAACCGCCUCGUCAUUGCUACGGACCUAUGUGUAUGAAGCAAUCGAGACCCGGUAGCAAAUAUUGUUCCGAUGACUGUGGCUUGAAACUUGCGACGAGCAGAAUCUAUCAGGUGCUACCGCAACGCAUACAGGAAUGGUCGUUGACUGCGUGCAUUGCGGAGCAAAAUAAUAGACGUGCUCUAGAAUCCGUGAGAAAGCAGCAACACGACGUUCGUAGAAUACUGCAGGAACUAGAAAAGAGACACGUCGAAUUGGAUCGUAUCGUCGAACGUGCAAAACACGUCACCAUCGAUCCGCAAGCCGAAGUAGACGAUAACGACGAUACGGAAAGCAGCAUGUACUGUAUCACGUGUGGUCACGAAGUCCAUUCGAGAACAGCUGUUAAACAUAUGGAGAAAUGUUUCAAUAAGUACGAAUCGCAAGCGUCUUUUGGUUCGAUUUUUAAAACUCGCAUCGAGGGCCAAGUGAUGUUCUGCGACUUUUACAAUCCUGUGAACAAGACAUAUUGCAAAAGAUUGCGCGUUCUCUGCCCGGAGCACUGCAAGGAUCCCAAGAUUGGCGAUAGUGAGGUGUGCGGCUGUCCAUUAGUCACGAACGUAUUCAACGUUACAGGUGAGUUUUGUCGCGCACCUAAGAAGAGCUGCGUGAAGCAUUACAUGUGGGAAAAACUGCGACGCGCGGAGAUCGACAUGGAAAGAGUAAGGCAAUGGCUGAAGAUCGACGAGCUCGUAGAACAGGAAAGGCAGAUACGAUCGAAUAUGGCGACGCGAGCUGGUGUAUUAGCUUUGAUGUUGCACUCUACUUAUAAUCACGAGCUAAUGGAACAAAUGACGCAGGAACAAAAUAGAGAGCAAUUGCAGGCGAUGGAAGAGGAGCUACAGAGAAGAUAUGGUUUACAUCAAAAGGAACAAGGCAUGGAGCAGUGAUAGCGAUAAAGGAAUUUCAUAUUCAUCAUUAUUCGACCGUAAUAACAUUAUAUACUAUAUAUAUAUCUUUCAACGAUGCUUUCUUAACAUUUUUUUUAACUUACCUGCUGUUAUAUCUUUUCUGAUUAUAUAUAGCACGGUUGAUAGUUUUCCUAUAUAUACAUACACUUAACCAUUUUCAAUCAAUAAAUUUGACUGAAGAAGUAAACAUAGGAUGAAGUUGAAACAUUAUAAAGCAAGUUGGUGCAAUCUCAACUGGUUGUAGAUGUGUACUAGUGUAAUAUACAUAUAUGUAGUAUAUAUGUACCUGUUAGUAAUAAGAUUAAGAUAAUUAUGCCAAUAUUGUUACUUUUAAAUCUCACGACUUUUUGGAAUGAAAAUUAGAAACUUGUAACAAAAUCUUCAUAUAUUUUAAUAGGCACAUUUGUACCUUCAAAAAGAAUGUCUAUUCAAAAUAUCUCUUGAUUUAUUUGUGUAACGAAGAAUUUCUCCGAAUGAUGGUCUGCAAUAGAUGGAGAACUAGUUUUUCUUUUCGGUAAUAUCGUUAUUAUUUACAUUAUGGUAUAUCGAGAGACGUAGAUGUUAGGAUCUUUUUUUCACACACUCCGACAAUUAAUCGUUUCAACAAAAACCAUUUAUUCACAGGUCGUAGCCUCUGCGGAUGCAAAAUAACAUGCCAAACUAGCGAUCUAUCGCUUAGCUUCGGAAAAUAAUCGCGCGAAGCGCAUAAAAUGGACAUUGAUCCUCUCAGGAAAAUCGCCUGUUUUGAAUCGUUUUCUUAAACGCGCUAAUGAUACAAUAUCUAGUAAUAAAUCUUUGUUAUUUUUC